AUGUUCGCCCGUGUCGCCGCCCUCGCCCUCGCCCUCCCGAUCCUUGCUGCCGCCCAGAGCUGCAACACCGGCCCCGUCCAGUGCUGCAACAGCCUCGAGAAGUCUGACUCCGCCGCGGGCAGCGCGAUCCUGUCGACGCUCGGCCUCGGGCUGGGCGACGUGACGGGCCAGAUCGGCCUGCAGUGCUCGCCGCUCUCUGCGGCCGGUGUCGGUUCGUCUUCGUGCAAGUCGAGCCCUGUGUGCUGCCAGAACAACAACGUCGGCGGCGCGGUCUCUAUCGGCUGUGUUCCCAUCAUCCUCUGA